UUCCAAUGGGAAGAAGAGAGACAAAUACUAUGUCUAAAAUUCUAAACCUUUGGUCCUCUCUAAUUUAAAAUCCCAUUCAAAAACCCCUAACAAGUACUAUAACCAACACUUCCUCCACUCUCUUUCUCUCUCAUUCUCUCUUUCCGCCGCCACCACAAAAAUGACCUCCGCCAUGAACUUCACCGUCAAACCUCAUUCCCCUUUUCUCUCCACCACAAUCCGCCAUUCUCAACACUCCUCUUUCUCUCUCCUCUCUUUCCCCCGCUCUUCUCCUUCCUCCAUCCGCAUGUCUCUCCGCGACGACGGUCCUUCCAUCGCCGUCGUCGGCGUCACCGGCGCCGUUGGUCAAGAAUUCCUCUCCGUACUCUCCGACCGCGACUUUCCUUACCGUUCUAUCAAGCUUCUCGCAAGCAAACGCUCCGCCGGAAAACAGAUGUCGUUCGAAGGAAAAAAUUACGUCGUUGAAGAACUCGACGCUAAUAGCUUUGAUGGCGUCGACAUUGCGCUUUUUAGCGCCGGUGGAUCGAUUAGUAAACAGUUUGGACCUUUGGCUGUUGAAAAAGGAACUAUUGUUGUUGAUAAUAGUUCUGCUUUUAGAAUGGUGGAGGAUGUUCCUCUUGUUAUUCCUGAGGUUAAUCCUGAGGCUAUGGCGCAUAUUAAGGUUUCUAAUCGAAAAGGAGCUUUGAUUGCUAAUCCUAAUUGUUCUACUAUUAUUUGCUUGAUGGCUGCUACUCCUCUUCAUCGUCGUGCUAAGGUUACGCGUAUGGUUGUCAGCACAUAUCAGGCAGCUAGUGGUGCUGGUGCUGCUGCGAUGGAAGAACUUGAGUUGCAAACGCGUGAGGUUUUGGAAGGCAAGCCUCCAACUUGUAACAUUUUUAAUCAGCAGUAUGCUUUUAAUUUGUUCUCCCACAAUGCACCAAUAGUUUCAAAUGGAUACAAUGAAGAGGAAAUGAAAUUAGUAAAGGAAACCAGGAAAAUUUGGAAUGAUAUUAAUGUCAGAGUUACCGCUACAUGUAUAAGGGUUCCUGUUAUGCGUGCACAUGCUGAGAGUGUAAACCUUCAAUUUGAGAAUCCCCUUGAUGAGGACACUGCAAGAGAGAUCUUGGAGAAUGCUCCUGGUGUGGUGGUAAUAGAUGAUCGUGCAUCAAAUAUCUUUCCGACCCCCUUGCAAGUAUCCAACAAGGACGAUGUUGCUGUUGGCAGGAUAAGGCGUGAUGUCUCUCAAGAUGGAGAUACUGGGUUGGAUAUUUUUGUUUGUGGUGAUCAAAUACGCAAGGGAGCAGCACUUAAUGCCGUCCAGAUUGCCGAGAUGCUGCUAUAGAUUUGUUUCUGAUGGCUGAUCUUGUAUUUUUGGUGCUGGGGUGUACGUGGUGUAUAACAGCAGCUUAUAUUCCCCCCCCUCUUUUUUCUGGAAAGAGUUUUGUGAUUUAGCAAUCUGUAUCAUGCUGAUCUGUACAAUCGAGUGGUAAUUUUGUUUUUCGAGGUGAAAUAAGGUGUCUGUAUUCAUUUU